AUAAAACAAGAGAAAGUUUCAGAAACAAACAUGGCGGCGUCCUCAUCCUCGACGGAGCCCAGCAACAUCCCAGAUUACGAAUACGUCGACGUUAACACCAAAGCGUUUCACGUCGGCUCGUUCAGAAACGAGUGGCUGAACAGACUGAAGCCGAGCGACUUCUCCUUCCAGCAGCAGGACGAGGACGCGUUUGACGCUAACUUCGCUCAAGAGAUGGGCGUCAGUGCGGAGACCAUGGCUGAGCUGAAGUCUCUCUGCAGUCUGGAUUCGCUUCGUUGCCAUCCCGACGAUGAGCCUCCGGACCCAGACCUCGUUCCUCCAGACUCGACGCUGAAAACACUCGUACAAAGGAAGAAAAAACAAGAUUAUAGCGCAACUCUGAAGUUCUUCAAGAACAGACACGAGCUCUAUGCAGACGAACUGGAGCGUUUGACUGUCGGUAAAAAACCGGAAUCAAUGACCGACAUGGUCCCCGAAGGAGAACUCAUCCUGACCAUCAACGUCUACUACCCAGCUUCUUAUGAGAGAUUUUGCUACGUCAGGCCUCACAUGACCCUGCUGCUGACGGGCUCCCACAGCCUGGCCGAGCUCAGAGAUGCCAUAUGUUGCGUCAGUGACUUGCAAGUGUGUGGAGAGUUCAGCAACACACCGGACAUGGCUCCGGACUUCAUCAGCAAAGAUCAUUUCAAGUCGGCUUUCUUUUUCUUUGAAGGAGUUUUCUACAAUGACAUGCGGUUCCCAGAGUGUCAGGACAUCAGCAUGACCACCAUUGAAUGGGCAAAGACCCGAAACUUCCCGCCCUACAGCCAGGCCAAGAUGGAGGAAACACUUUUCGCAGAUCUGAAAAUCAAAGUGGGCUUCCCGUACCUCUACUGUCAUCAGGGAGACUGUGAGCAUCUCGUCAUUAUCACAGACAUCAGACUGGUCCAUAAGGGUGACUGCAUAGACAAGCGGCUGUAUCCUCUUCUCAUUCACAAGCACAGGAUCGUCACGCAGAAGUGCGCGGUUUGCCACGUCUUCAUCGGAAGAUGGUUCACGACCAACGACGAGUUUGCUCCAAGUGACCCGUGUCUGUUUUGCGACAAGUGUUUCCGGAUGCUGCACUAUGACGCUGAAGGCAACAAGCUGGGAGAUUUUCUGGCUUAUCCCUAUGUGGACCGUGGUGCCUUCAACUAAAUGUUGCCUUCAGGGACUAAAUAACAAAUUGAAUGCUGUACAAUACAGCUGUUACAUUUCACAAAGAAAUGAUUUGUUUGGAAAAUGUAUAUUUUUUUGUUGAAUUUGUUUGCAUAUUUUGUCUUUAGAAUAAACCAAUGUUUUACUGA